CUCGGCAGUGGUGGAGCAAGGAAGGAGGAGACGUGUGUGCUGGGUGCGGAGAAAACAAUUUCACCAACUGCUUAUUUCAAACAGAGAGAGAUCAAACGAGGUCCCGGGUGACGGGUCCCCGCUGCCGUCUCGAGAGCUGUAACGCUGUUGUCGCUGUCGGUAGAGUUCAGGUGCACCCGAAAGAGAGGGGAGAGCUGUGGACCAGUGGUAAUUAGGGAAAUGUAAUCUUUUUAUCAUGGUUUGCUGAAUAAAACCUCUGCCAGCCACCCCAUGGGUAGAGCAGCGUUUGGCAGCUGGGUGGUGAUGAGUCGGGUCUGGAGAGGAUGAACUUUGUGAGGGUGUCACUGGUGGGAUCCACAUUGGGAGUCACGUGUGAAUCAGCACAAAACUUGCCGCUUCAGGAGGGGACCAUGGUAGCUCGGGGAAGCCACAGCCUUCCCCAGGUUGCAGGUGGAUCCCUGUGAUCAGGGCUGUGGUUUUGUUUCUGGGAGUUCAGGUGGACUGAACCCUUUUUUUGUGAGUUCGGCGCUGCUCACCUAAGGGAGCAGAGCUGAGCGUUGUCCUGGCAUGAUGGUAUUCCUGCUGCUGGCCUGACUAACAUCCACGCGGAGCAGGUGAUCUGUCUCUCCUUCUUGUGAGGCAUUUGCAGAUAACAGCCAAGCCCUGGAAGGUGGUCAGAAGAUAACAAUCUCUGUGGGAGUGCGUGGCAGGGUGUUUAUUUCCUGCACUGCUCUCUUCAUCGCUCCCGCUCCUGGUAAGAUGCGCGUCAGCGGUACUGAAUGCUCUGGCAGGUUUUCCCUGCUGCGUGCAGGGGAAUGGCAAGAAACAGGUCAAGCACAGAUUUUGGCGUCAAUGUGACCCACGUGUCCCUCUGAGAGUGCUUCUGUCCCAUGUCAUGCACUGUGGCAGAGACGAACAGCAGGCUGCAGGGCAAACCUGCAGCUCAGCGAUGGACUCCAGGGUUGGCUUGUCCCAGGUGCCUUGGUCCUAAUUCCAGCUAGAUGUCAAGCAUGGGUGAUGCUUUGGGAAAACGCAGGAGCCUUGGGCUCAGGGGCCAAGGAGACAGGCUUUGCUAGUCUUCAGUAAUAGCUGGUCUCUGGGCUGAUGGUUGGUGGUUUACGGUAGUGUGAUGGUGGGUAGAAAACUUUCUGCAGUAAUAUUUUUAUGGAUGUCCCUGUAGCAAGAGGCCUGAGAAAGCUGUGAACUAGUUGUGAAAGUGUUCUUUUUCAGCAUCGUCCUGUGUUUGUCUCUGCACCCCCAUGUAACCUCAUCUCGGGACUUCCUCCUUGUAUGCCAGAAAGAUGAAUUGCCUUAGGUGUUUUCUGGGUUGCCCUGUCUCUCCCUUCUCUGCUCUUUGUUCCCCUCUCUCCCCUUGUUGCUGUACGUGCCUCUUAAAAUUCUGAUAGAAACAGGUGCUUCACUUAAUGCAUUCCCUUUUUCCUUGCAUCCCAAAUGCAGAAGCAUUGAGAAGCUGAAAGUAAAGCUGACUAUAACCAGACCUCACCGAGCUUCGCUGUCCCUCCAAGAGGAGGGUAGAAAGAAGCCCAACUGGAUUUGUCAUCGGUUAAGAUGUGACUAACAGCAUGAGCUAGCCAAAGAACUCCCCAUGCAGUGACUGUGGUGGAAAACAUCAAUUUGUUGAAGCUAAAAACUUCUGUGGGAAUCAUACAGGCUAUAUCAUGCAGGAAUAGUUGGGGUGGUUUUUUUGGAUCUGAGAUAAAAGUUCUGGUCAAAACAAGAAACCCAAAGAGACCCUCACCCCAAAGUAGUCAGCUGGUCAGCCCAGCUGCUGGCACAGCUGCUUGGGGCAGAGGAACAGCACUUCUAGCAGCAGCCUCUUUGAUUUCUUGAUGCCCAUCAGACACAUCAGGUUCUCCAGUUGGGAGACGGGCUCACUGCAUGUGCUGAGCAGUUCCAGUUCCUCAGGGAUGUGCGGACUUCUGGCACACCCACACUCCCAUUCAUCCAACACGUGGGUGCAGCAAGCCACGCUUCCCAAACCGCCUGCUCCUCCCCAGCUGGGUUUGGGCAGGAUCCAGUGGCUGGGAGCUCCUGCUUUGCCUGCUGCUGGUCUGAGUCUUGGGAGCUCCUUGUCAGGAGUCCAGGCUCAGGGUUGUUAGGAGAACUAGAGCUGGUCAUGCCUUGGUGUUUUCAGCUCUGCUGGGCAGAUGCUGUCCGGCGGGAGGAAGCUACCGAUUCUGCAGUGGGCACAAAAGGAUCUGGUCGCUGGACACUGCAUCAAGAUGUCCCCACUCUUCUCCCAUGCUGCCAUCAUCUCAAGAGAGCUCCUAAACGGAAAACUGCUUCAAAGCAGAGUGCCCCCCCACUGCUGCUCCUGCAAGUAUGGCCCCUCCAUCACGGCUGUGCCAUCUCCACUCAGCUCCUGUUGGGCUCUGUUGUGUUUUCUUUCCGUAGCAACGUGCCAGUGGCUCCCUGGGGGGCAAGGCCAGCCCGCUGUGUGCAGUCAGCUCCAGCCUGGGGUGCGCUGGUUCCUCAGGACAUCUCAUCCUCUCAGCUCGCCCCACACGCAGCUUUUGGUGGCCACCUUUUGGCUCAGCAGCCAGAAUAGCUGCGCUGCUGCCUGCCUCUGGGCUUUCCUGGGUCUGAGAGUGGGAAACAGGGCUGGUGUCUGAUCUUUCCCUGCUUGCUCUUGGAGAAUGGCUUUGCAGCAGAGCCCUAAGGGGGCUGGAGCUCAGGGGCUGUCUCCAAAAGCUGGCAACAGAGCACAGAAAUCGGCCUGCAGGCAGCAGCCCGCCCUUGCCAGGCCUCUGCCCUGCUCCGGUGUGGGGCACACAAUGGUGUGUCAUGGGCUGGGACCAGCACAGAGGGACAGGGCCUGGGGCUGGAGGGACACAUCCUGCUGUGCUGCAGCAUCCCCAUUGCCAGGCAGGUACUGUGCAUGCCCUGGGAGAGGGGAUCAGAGAAGGAUGGGCUGGAGUGGGGUGGCUGGGAAGACAUGUGCCAUGUCCCUUCCUCGGCUCAGGGCUGGGGCCAGGCUGGCUGUUUGAUCCCCCAAGGCUCGUGAGCCACCUGGCCUGGGGACUUGUGGGGGCGGCACAACUGAGCCUGCGGUGCAGGGGCCUCAUCUGCUGCUCAAAACCAUCCACCCUGCUUGGGUGGAAACUCUGUGCUACUGGUCCCAGUAGAGACCCUCCAUGGAGAGCAAGUUUAGAGCUGGUCCCUUGCCCACCUCCCAGGAAAGCUUCCCCUUCCCUGUGCCCCCUGUGCUUUGAGGGAGGGCGGGCUGGGGACCAGCUGUGCUGCCAUGGCUGCCAUUUUCAUCCUGCAGCCUUUUGCUCCUCUUUCUUGCUGUGCUGAUUUGCAUUGACUCAGACUUCCUCGCUGGUGGUGGCCUUGAAGCUGAGGCACUGUGCCGGGGAGCAUCUGCAAGUCAAACAUCAUGCUCGGGCUCGCUGGGCACUGCUGGGGCUGGCCGAAGCCCGAGCUGGUUUUGCCGAGCUCUAGCUCGGUCUGUGCAGGCUGGGAGGAUCCCUGCCCUGAUCCUGCCCUGAAGCGUAAGGGGAGAGGCAGACAGGAAGGAUGCCAGCUGGUGGCAUCUCUCUUAUGUCACGUUUUGGUGCGGCUUCUGCUUGUGUCCUUCUCUUGGCAGGGGACCUGCAACAAGCUGGGGCUGGGCUGCUCCUGUGAGGGGUCAAUCCUGCCUCCAGCUCCCCCAGCUUUGUGACAUUCCCUUUGCUGGGAGCAGGCCCCCGUGUCCAAGGUACCACGGAGCAGCAAGGCUGGCUUCUUCCAGCAUCGUGUUGCAGCAAGGUGCUUCUGCUGCCCCGUGUCCUCCCUCCGGCCCCAGGGAGGUCUUCUGGUGGGGAAAUGAGGGUUAUGUAUGGAGCUGCUUAUGGAGAGCCUAGGAACAGUCCUGGUUUGGGGGUACAGCCUGCUUCACCCAGCUUUUCCCAGAGGCUCUGGUCCCUGGUGAGGACAGCGUGGAGAGGAUGUGCAGAGCAGCUGGUUUUGAAGGAAACGGGCUUUCCCUUGGCUGCUUCUUCCCCUUGCUUUGUGAGCCUUUGGCCACCUUCAGCCUUCUUCAGGAGAGGAAGAGGAACCUCAGCCUUUAGGAGAGGCUGUUCCUGCAGGACCCGUGCUGAGGGCCGGUGUCACUUUGGAGGCAGGGCUGCCCCAAGUGCCCAGCCCAACAGCAGGCAGCAGAGAAUCUGGGUGGGAUGCUGUCCUUUCAGAUCCUGGCUUGUUUUUCCUUUGACCAUGGCUUUUUCCCACUUCCAGCCUUUGUGGUGUUGCAGUCCCACGUGUCCAGCUGUGCCCUGCCUAUGGGUUUGACUUGGCAUGUUCUUGCCCAGCAGGGUUGCAGGAGGUGUUUGUGGUGACCCUUAAGCGUAACCGCUCACCUCUGGCUGUGUCCCACAUCCAUCAGCUCCUGCUGCAAUCUGGGUGCUCAGUUCGUGGCUCUGCAUCACCUGCCAUCACCGUCCUGCAGCAGGGAGCUGGAGAUGAGGGACAAGGAGAGCUUGGUGCAGCCCAGCCUAGCCCUGGGGCUGUGCAGGAGUGGGGACGAAGCAGCCAUCUCCUCCCAAGCUGUGUCACCUGCAGGGCCUGCACCAAACCCUAUGGCACCAGUGUCCCUGAUGUCCUUGCUGGGUGGCUCCAGCUUCUAUCACCAAGGUUGCCAUGACAAGGCAGUGCUGCUCUACGAAUACGUGGGGAAGCGGAUCGUGGACUUGCAGCACACAGAAGUACCAGACGCCUAUCGAGGGAGAGGAAUAGCCAAGCACCUCGCAAAGGCAGCCCUGGACUUUGUGGUGGAGGAGGACCUGAAAGCUCACCUGACGUGCUGGUACAUUCAGAAAUACGUCAAGGAGAACCCGCUGCCGCAGUACCUGGAACACUUGCAGCCUUAAGGCAGGACUGCUCUGACACCAGCGCACCCGUCUCUGACUGUUCAACGCGGCCUUUGCUUCUCUGCGGUCUCAGGAAACCCCCCCCUCCCACACUCGCAAUUCCCAUUUUUUCAAGCACAUCCAUGUGGUGCACGAGUGUGGGCACGACCUCCUCCUCUCUGCCCACGUGUGAGCAUGGCUACAGCCCCUGGGCCAGGCUGGCUCUGGGCACAUGUGGUGCUCCCCAGUGCUCUUACCAAGCCAGAGGGGUGGAAGAGGUUGACUUUUUUCACCAAACUCCAUCACAAAACCAGGGGAUGACUUGAUCUGCACCUCAUCCUCUUCCCUCUGCUUGGUGACAGCUGUGAACUUACUGAGGGAUGUUGCUUAGGGGUGGUCACAAGGUACCAGCCCCCCCCUUUCCACCCGGCAGCUGGGGCACAUGCUGUGGAUUAAGCCUUGUGGGACAGAGGAAGGUGCUGGAGGAGCCCAGCCCUGUGGCAGGUUCAUCCCCUGCAGCAUCUGCUGGGCACCGAGCCUUGCACAAGCCCACAUGGAGUACAGAUAAGAACAUGUGGGCCAUGGUGGCACCUCAGAGGCUUUGCUGUACUGGCCGUGGAGACACGGGGAUCAUGACACUUUCAAGCCUAGAGACAGGAGCCAUGCGAGGAGUGGGCUUUGACUGCAGGGGUUGUGGCAGAGCAUAUGCAGCAUGAGUGUGCAGAGGAAGAAAGGUGGCUGAGUUGCAGACACUGCUUCCUGGGGAUGCCAGCUCCUGCCCAGCCUUCUGUACGUAGCCCCAGCAUGACAUGCCCACGGGGUCGUGGGCUGUCGUUGCUGUCUCUGCUCCCUGCUGUUGGUGUUGACCAUGCUGGUGUGGACACAGCCUGCUCAGAAGAGCACCAGCCUCCACAGCCAGCCCUGGCCUAAGCAAUGAGGGGACAUCCCAUGCUUUUGCAGGCACCAGGGUGGUUUCCUACAGCUGAAGAGGAAGACUCCCCCAUCUCCCUCAACUCCAGCCCUGCACCUCUGUCUGCACCCCAGAUUGUAAAGUCUGAGCUGUCAUCGCAUCCUGAAAGCAAUGGGGGCAAAGCCUCCAGGACCUGCUCCUGGGCCAUCCCCAGGGCUUGAUGCUAGAGCCACUUGCCUCCGUGGGGAUGUUGAUUCCUUCUUACAGCCUUUGGAAAGAAGUCCUGGCUUAGGGCAUUACCCCUCUGCUCACUGGCCUCCUCACAGCUCCAAGCCCAGGGCACUGGCAGCAUUGCGGGGUCCUCAACCAGCAGCAGGAAGACCCUCGCGUCGUGCUGUUACCUCUGAGGAUGAUGAUUCUGUAGCACAGCUCAGCGCUGUCACAGUCGGAUGUAGAGGUAACACUGUAGGGCACUGCCUGCUUCUGGCUUGUCCUGCCUUGCCCAGGCUUCCCAGGGCCUGAGCUAGACCCCAGAGCAUCUCCUCGAAGCUCUUAGGAUUUUGCGGUGUCCAAGGGCUGUGCUGUGGGUGGGGGGACAGUGCUGCUGGUAAGCCAGCCCUGAGCAGCCACUGGGGGCUGCAGCCAGGCAGAACAAGAUAAAAAAACCUUUCACCUGGAGGCCAAAUCCAGACCUAGCCUAUAUCUCAGCAGGAACUUAAGUUUACAACCUGUGCCACAGACCGACUGAAGCCCCAGCCAAGAGGCAGCUCAGCCCUCUCCCCAAGCCCAGCACAAAGUCUGUGGUGGCAAAGGCAAGAGCUCCUACAACCUUCUCUCCUGGUUGGGUUGGUCAGAGAUGGAGACCCUGUGCCUGGUCUUGGUCAGGGAGGCCCUGAGCUGUUCCUCUGGCCACUGGCUGGAGGUGAAGCCUGUGCUUUUGGGCUGCCUGCUACCACUGUAACACAGCCCUCUGCCUGCAGGCUUGAGUAAAAGCUCCCAAACUCCAUCCCUGCCCUGCUACACCACAGGGUGAGACCCCUGCUUGUGUCUGCCACCUGCCUGGGGAGGGACCUGUGCCUGGUGGCAGACCCAUCUCUAGUCUGUGCUGCUUAGGAAAGGCAUCGAGCCCUGCCGCUACAUCACAUUUCUGCUGCCCUCUUGCUGCUUAUUUCAGCCAGGCUGUGACCUUCAGUGUGGUUUAGAGGGACUAGGAAGGGGUUGCACGUAACAAACUAAAGAAAAGGGGCUCAAGAAGAAAUCUGGGCUGCUACAUGUUCAGUCUUUAAAAUGCAAAACACUUCAACAUCUAGUUACAGGAGCAAGGCUGGCCCUGUUACAGCCAAGUGAUGACAGAACUGUCCCUGCUCUUGAUCCCAAGGUGAAGCUGAACCAUUUCCUCUCUUGUAAGCCAAGAUAUAACGCUGUCAUAUCUUUGUCACAGUGGGGCUGGGUGCUUGGAAGAGACGUGUAUCUGGUUGCCUCGUGGGAGCAAUAGCAUGAACCCAGUACUGCAAAGCCUCUGCUGGUUUUGUGCUUUUUCCACUGCGUGACAGUUCCCAGAAGUACCCCACUGUGUCCACUGCAUGAGAGCGGCUCACUGGAGGGUGUGCUGCAGUUGCUGCACCAGCAGUGUUGGAGUGACCCAGUGUCCAAGCCUGGCUCUGGAGCCUUUUGUGCUGCCCUGGCAGGAACCUUGGUGCUGGAUCACAAAUGGCAAUCACUGCCUUAAAUCAGGCACAGCACACUGUUUUGCUGCUGCUUCCCUUCGAGGUGCUACAAUCCUUCUGAUGGAGAUGUGUGCCAGUGUCUGUGCCAACCGUUUCACUGCUGUACCCAUCCUCUGCCCCGGCCUCCCCUUCCCCUGGUCUUUGAAGUCAGCGAAUAGCAAUACCCACAGGUCACCAGCGAUGCCACGGUCUGUGGUGCUUCUGUGAUUUGGCACUGCCAGGCUGGAGAUGGCUUGGGGUCCCUUGGUGUUGGGCAGCCCUCCCUCUGCCUCUCCAGCAGCCGCCCUUUCCAGCUGGUCUUUUCAGGAAGGAGCUUUGAGUCCUGUGCUUCCCCUUGGUGCUGACUAAGCCUGGAGGACUUGAGGGUCCUGGACUCUCCCUGGCAACAGGAGUAUGGAAGUGGUUCCGUUGAAUACUGAGAUCCCCAAACCCAUUUGAACUACAGACUUUGGUGGGUGGGGAAAUGCAGAUUGCUGUCAAACCUGCUUCCACAGCACCCAACUUGAAACAUCCCAUCCCUUGUCCACUUUCCAGCAUUGUCUUCCUCUGUCCAAGGUUUCCAUUCUGUUGAAUUUGGUGGUUACGAUGUGCCUUUCCUUCUCAGGACCUGUUACAAAUGACCUUUCUGCUUUUGUUUAUGUCUAACAUUUAUCUUUAUUCCCUCCCUCUGUCGUACUAUAAAACAUGAACAUAAUGCAUGGAAUACAAUACAAUAAAAAGUGUGGCUUAACUGA